ACGUUUUCUAUACUCGACUCGGCUAUGGUACGGGUUCGGUUCGGGCGUUCGGGGUUCGGGUAGUUGAAAAUAAACUGUUUUUCGCUUUCGUUCUCUCUCGCGUCGGAGAUUCCAACAAAAUUGUUUCCUAAUUAAGUUUUAUAAUUAAGAUUAAUUGAAAAAUUAGGUGUAAAUUGAAUUAUGAUUACACGUUAACCAAACAGUAUUAUCCUCUUCUCAAACAAACCAUAAAUUAGUUAGGAAAAAUUCAAAAGAAAAAUUUGCUCGUCGCCUUAGUCUCAUCUGAAUCCCGAGAAAAGAAAAAAAAAAUUAAAGAGAAAGACAAAAUACUUGGAAGGCGAAGGAAGUGGAAGCUGCUGCACCAAGCGAAGAAAAGCCAAAGAAAAGAACACGAGAAGAGGAGGCCACUACCAAAAGAAACAAGAAAAGAGAAAAGAGUUCUUCCACAGAAAGAUCCACACCACACACAACAGAACAGACAACACAGCACACACCAGGAGGAAUCAACCAACUCGUACUCGACCGUCGUAGAAGCAAGCAUAAGCAACUACGACGACGGCGACAACGACGACCAGGCCAACAGCAAGGAGUGACAAAAAAGGAAAAAAAAACCCUAGAGAAACAAAUCAAAAUUUUGGUUCGGUACGCGACGACGACGACGGAGACGACGACAACAGCGACAGCGAGAGCGUCGUCGACGAGGAGGAGAAGUGUGUCUGUGCUGCAAGACGACGGUGCAUUUGUGAGGACUGAGUGGAGAGGACGAGGAGGAGAAGAAACGAAAACCAAAACCAAAAGAAGGGAAGCAUAUGUGGGGUUAAAUUUUAAAUAAAUUUCUAUUCAUAAAAUUCAGCAAAUAAUAUAAUAAAAGUUGCACUGCACUGCUUCUGCUUCUACUUUUGCUGCUGUUUAAAAGGCCACCAAACCAAUCGAGAAGAAAGCGAACCAACAACCAAUAAAAUUGAAAGAAAAAAAAAUUGUUGAUCAAAAAGGAACAAGAAAAGAAAAAUAUCGGAAAAACUUGAUAUUUGUGCUUGCUUUGGUUCGCAUUUAAGGAAGAAAAGAAGAAGAGGUCAGCAGCUAAGCAAGCAGCAAGAAAGGCGAAUUCGUUUCGUCGACUAUACGACAACGACGACGACGACAAGAAGAUUUGGAUUUCUAUUUCUCUACGCUCCAAGGGAAAUUUCUUGAACACCAAAAAUAACCUGCUACUGCAGGGAUCCACCUAUCCUAGAAUUGCUAGAGGAGAGUGUUAACGUUUUAAGUGUUAUUUUUUGUCUGAUUAGUCUGUGAACUCGUAGUUGUUAUUUUAUUUUUUGUGUUUUCUUAAUGAUUCUCUGAAAUUCGGCCCUGAUUUGUUAAGUGGGGGGCGCAAAACGACAACAAAAUGUCGUGCAUUUCGAGCAAUUUUAGUUCGUUUUUUCUGGAUUCCUUGAAUGAUCCAUCGGAAUUCGCCAAGUAUCUAAGUAAUGGCGAGAACAAGGUGCAGUCCUUUGAGGAUUUCCAAGGCUUUGCUGGAAAUGGAAGCAGUAAUGGUAGCUAUAGCAACAGCUCUGCUAGCCUGGGAAUGAAUGGUGACAGUCCUAUGUACAUGAACGGUGAUAAUCCGCAACAACAGCAGAAUUUAGGGAUUCAACAAAUAUACUCGGCCGUUAGUAGCCAUCACCAUGGUUAUCAUCAUCAUCCCCACCAUCAUCCGCAGCAGCAGCAGCAUUCUGUACAUCCGCAACAGCAAGGAAGCUCACAACAGACAUUUAGUCAUCAACAGCCAACACCACGCUGGAACAGCUCCCAAACCAAUCAGGUCACAGCAUCUGGUAAUGCUGCUGGUGGUGUUCAUGCUUUGGCAGAUCACAGCAGCAAUCACCAUCAGCAUCCACAUCAUCAUCAUCACCCACACGCGUCACAACAAGCAGCACCUCCACAAGCAACUUCCAGCACCACUCAGCAACAGCAACAGCAACCGCAACCACAACAUCAACAUCACAAUCAUCACUUCGACGGUUCGUUUGAAUUCCUCAAGUAUCUACGCCAUUCUGGCGAUUAUGGAGAAGAUUCACAAUCUAAUUCCACACCCGCCCCGGCAACACCUUGCUCGAAUAGUAAUUUAAUCGAUUUAGAUAGUAGUACAUCAAUGACACCACACAGCCAUCGCACUGGUACACCUAUGGCUGCGGCAGCUGCCACUGCAACACCACUCAACCGUUCCUCGCUGGACAUCGACACUUUCGACCACGAUUCCAAGCACAAUUUAUUCGAUCUUCAACAUCAGACCAGCAAUAAUUCAAAUGAGUCUUCCUGUGACCCUAUGGGCGCGUUUGCUGGAGUGCAUCUCAAUGCCAGUAAUUCGAAUAUCUCAUCGGAAUCGGCGGGCAGCGAUAACUCAAACAAUAACAACAAUAAUCAAAGCAAUGCUUCCAAACCGUUGGUUAAUUUUAGUAUUAAGGAUAGCUUUGAUGUUCAUCCGGCACACAAGGUCGAAGAGGGCAUCUUUCAGCAUAUGAACAAGUUGCCUGUAAAGAAAAAGGACACCCUAAAGCAGCUGGGAGUUAGAUUUACAGGACAAAUGACUUUGGCUGAUAAAUCGAUAGUGGUGGAGAACUUUAUCAAAUUUUGCAAACAAUAUGAUGUGACUGAUCAUCGACCGUUUUUGGCCCUUAACCAGAGUGGUAUGAAUAAGCCGGAGCAAAUCAAAUUUGCAAGAUACUUGGGCCAAGGACUGCCAUCAUUUACACUAUUUUGCAUUUAUAGUAAUUUCAAAAAUCUAUUUUGCACUAAGCGAACUGAGACGUAUGAAAAAGAUGGGUAUAAUUUACAAUAUAUUUUGGAUAAGACCAAAAGUUUCCUAUCGAAAGCAACUGCUGAUCUUAAGAGUCUUACAACAACAAGUGCAUCUAACGAUGGUGUAGAGUUCCCCACUAACAACGGCAACAACAGCAACAACAGCAGUUCAGUUGUUGUGAAGUCAGAAAUGCCUAAAGUUUUAGAACGAUUAGUGUUUCAUGAAAACUUUGAUGUUCACGAAACUCAUAGGAUCGAAGAUGGUGUCUGUACGCACAUAGCCCGAUUGCCACCAAAAAAACAGGAACUCCUUAAACAGUUCGGUAUUCAGAGCAAUCAAAGUGUAACCUAUUACGAAAAAUACAUAGUCAUCGAAAAUUUCAUCAAAUUUUGCAAUGAAUAUAAGAUCACAGAUCAUAGACCCUUUUUGGAUUUCCAUGAGAGCGGACUACCCAAAUCGGAACAGCUUAAAUUUGUUAGAUAUUUGGGGCAGGGUCUACCGAAUCUCACAUUGAAUAAGAUAUAUUUAGCUUUCAAGGAUGUGCUUGGUCUUAAUCGAAUUGAAAAAAUUACAGCAGAUGGAUACAAUUUAGAUGUUAUUCUAAAGAAAAAGAAGAAAAACCUAUAUAAUCGUAUGCAUGCUGCAGUGAAAAUAUGAAUUGAAACUAUUUACAGUGCACAGAGAAAGUACCGAAGCAUCAAAACAGGCGCACCGAGAAAGUAUAGCAUCUUAACAAUUGACUUCAAUAACACAGUUGAUUUGAUUGAUUGCAGUGUGCUAAAUAAGUAUGGGUGGCCCAUUUUUGUUGCACGAUUAUAAAAAAAAAAAUAAGUAUUUCCUGGGACUGGACCAGAAACUGUUGUGUCUUUGAAAUUAAUGCUAAUAGUAAGUUAUAUGAAAUAAAAUUGUAAGAAAUCAAACGAGCAAAAUGACAAAAAAAAAACACAAAUAUUUAUUUUACAUUACGUAAGUUAUAUAAACAAUAAUAAUAAUAAUAACAAAACACACUCGCUAUCAUUAUCAAAUCCAACAUUACACAUUUAACAUUGACACCAUCGUUAAAGAGGCCUAUAAGGCGCGCGCAAAGUAUUUUUAUUUUUAAUAUAAUGAAAUUGUUGAUUAACCGCUAACGCAAUCACUAUUCUAAAUUUAUAUACAUUAAAACAUUUAAUGGCAUUUUUAUAACUCGUAUAUUUAUAUACAAAAUCGUUUUAAUUGUUUAGGCAUAGGUAUUUUGUUUAAACUUUUGUUUCUUACAUUGUAAGAAAUACAUGUACUUUCAAGACUAUCAACUCAUUUAAGGAAUUUCGUUUACAAAAGAAAAGAAAAUGUCUUAUUAUAUUUAAUUGAAAAGAUUGAACACUGAGUAUUAUUUGUGAUGUUAUUUAGUUUUUACAAGCAUAAAGUUUUAUUAUUAUGUCAAAUUUGCAUGCAUCUAUAUCUGAGAUUUUUAAGAAAAGUAUAUUGUGUGAAUGAGUGCCUUCAAGAACGUAAACUCACUGUGUCUCUGGCAUAUAAGGGUUCAAAAAACCUUUGACAGGAUUCUAUCUAUAUUUUGCACAAGGAUGGGUUUCGUUUUUUGAAACCCCUAAUAUGCCGAAAAAGGUUGGAAAAUGAUUGUUUUCACAAAAUUAAAUCCACAAAAAACCUCGUAAAACAAUUUAUUUAUUGGAUUGGAUUCAUCAACAUUGCUUGUAAUACUAAAUCUGAAUUUGCUAUUCAUUUAACCAAAUCUAAAAAAAAUAUUCUCUAUUUUCUUUAAAUUAAAUAAAUACAAAAACAACUAGAUUUGUUUGGUUGAGUUAGAAGCAAAAUCUAUAUGAAUCUAUAUGGAAGUGCGUAAAAUACAACACAAAAAACAGUUAAUAGUUGAAUUAAAUAAAAUGAAAAUUUCGUUGAAAAUCUUGAGUCAAUAUAUAGUUUAUAUUUAACAGCAGCGAUCCAUUCAAUUUGUUCUUUAGUUCAUUAAAUUUAAUAAAGAUUAUUCUACUCAUGUUUUCUUUUGUUUUGCAAACCAAUUUUCUAAAACAAGUCAACAUUCUUGAAGUACAACAAAUAAAUACCUAUCCUUAAACAAGUUAUAAUUGUUUAAUUUUUUUUUAUUAUAUUUGUCUUGUAUUAAAUAUUUUUAAAAGUUUGCAUGUUAUAUUUUAUUAAUUGAGAAUGAUUGUAUUUGCAUUAUGUUAAAAAUAGGAUAAUUUCAUUUUUGUUAGUACCUAAUAAUUAACUUCAAACUGUAUUUGCCAUCGCCCUCUGAACCUUAGAUAAUUAUUUAAAUUUGACUUAUAUAAUUCAUCACAUUUAUUCAGCAAUGCAAAAACAGAGGUAAACAUUAAUUAUUUUAUUUAAAUAUAUUUAGAUAUCAAUGGAGAUUAUAAUAUUUCGUUUUUAAAACGAAUAUAAAAUAAAUUGUAUAGUUAUUUAAACAAAACAAAAAAAAGAAAUGCAAUCCAUUUACUGCUGCACUAGAAGAACCGUAUUAUUACUUGCACUUUAUUUGCUUGUGUUGUAUUGUUUUAAAUAUAUAAAAAAGAAAAGAAAUUGUUUGUUAAGUAGGAUACAAUUUUUAUAUUGAGUAUUUAAAUUUUACAUAAACACAUUUUUAUUUUACAAUCAUUUAAAGGAGCGUUCAAAUAACUUAGCAUCAAUAAUAUCAAAACGCUGUUAUACAAAUUGACAAAAGUUUAUUUUUUAUUAAUUAAUUUCAUGCUUUAUGUUUAAGUUGUCUCUUGCGUGUGGACUUUUUAUGCACGGUUAUUUUUGUUUUGUUAGUUUUUUUUUGCAAUAUUGUUAAAAGAUUUAUAAUAUGAAAUUGUAUUAUUCUAUAUUUAUAUAUAUUGUAAAAUAAUGUAAUUUCAAUUAACAAGCCUCUGAGAUUUAAGGGACGUUCUGGUAGUACCCCUGGCUUGAUGGUUAGUUGGUCGGUUAAUUCUCUUCCUGUGCCACCUAAAGUUUUUGUUCACGAGUACUGCCUCUUGCGAGGAAUCGAAAAAUCCUCCAGGAUUAAUUAAUGUCAUGAAAUGUGCUUUCUUAAAUUAGCCUUUUGGAUUAGACAUAUAAAUUGUAGGUCCCUUCAUCCCUAUUUGAGAGUUGUAAAGAAACACUACGCCCUGGGUCUCUACGAGAUGUUGAGCCAUCUAAUUAACUUAGGAUAAACAAUGCAAAUUUUAUUAAAAUAUUGUGAGCUUCAAAGGAAAGUGUACAACUAUUAACUGCAUUUUCGCAACCCGGUUAAAGCAAGUGGGUUCUUUACUUUUAGUAAAAUACUGUUGUUAUUUUCUAAGAUAAAUUAUUUUCCAUGAAUUGCCAUAUAAAACUUAACAGAAAUUAAUAACGUAAACAAAUAAAAAAACAAAUAUUUCAGUUUUAAAGGGCCUUGCACAUGAGAGCGGACAACGAAUGAACGAAUGGACGAACAAACGUGAUUUUAAACAUUUAAAAAAGCCAAUUUCAAACAAAAACACAUUUAAAUUAUAGGAAACCAAUUGACACUAAUUUUAGGAUAAUAAAAUUUUCAUUUUGUUCUCUAAAACAAGAAAAUUUUGUAAAAACAGUUUGGUAGUAACGAAUUGCAGUGUGGUUGCUACGAACUGUCAAGCUCUAUUCGCGUUCCACACUCAACCUCAAAAUGAUACCACUCUUGUUUUGAUUGUUGACAAGGGUAAUUAUAAUUUGACAAUUCGUCGCCGUCUGCGAAUAGAAACAAAGCCCAUGUGAAAGAAAAGUCAAACUAUGCGAACAUCCACAGUUCGCAGUUCGUAGCUCAUGUGCUAGAUGUUUAAAGCAUCAAAAAAGUUUACAUUAUUCACAUAAAGUAAAAAACUUAAAACUAGUACUUUGUCUGCUUCCCUUUUGCCUUUAAAACAGGAUCAAUGCGUCUGGGCAUUGACUCUACCAGCUUCCUUGUCAAUUUGGUUGGGAUUUUUUCCCACUCUUCAACUAGAAUUGACUUAAAGUCUCUGUUUGAAAUGUCCCUCUUUCGGAUCUUCUUAUCCAGAUACUCCCCCAAAUGCUCGAAGGGUUUAAGUCUGAGGAUUGCGUAAUUUGAUCCAGUUGCUUGGGUGUACCAUUCCUUGACUAUUUUCGAUGUGUGCUUAAACUCAAUUUCGCAACACUACUUGGCAAAUUGUAUCCAAUUUUCCAAUCUUCGAAUAACUCUCGAUAUUCACUUUUUAAUAUGUCCUUGAGUAUUCUCACCGAUUCGGCCUUUAUUUCUCCGAUCGAGGAAAAACACCUUCAUUUCAUGGGUCUCUUCAACUUUGGAAAAAGGAAAAAAGUCGCACGGAGCCAUAUCUAGUGAAUAUGGAGGUUAGGGCUUGACAACGGUAUUGUUUUUGGCGAAGAAAUUACGAACAAGCAACGACGAGUGAGCAAGUGCGUUAUCGUGGUACAAAAGCCAUGAAUUGUUUUUCUAUAAAUCUCAGCAUUUUUCACGCAAACGUCCAUAACUUCAAGGUAAUACUACUUAUUAACCGUGGUAAGAUGUCUUGAUGCAUUACGCCUUUAUAAUCGAAGAAAACAAUAAGCAAAACCUUCACAUUUGAUCGAACUUAACGUGCUUUUUUCGCUCUUGGUGACGUUGGAUGCUUCCAGGUGGACGAUUGUGCUUUGGUUUAGACAUCUUAACGUUCAAGCAAACUUGGAUCGUCGUUGACGUCAUUUAACAGCUCCUGCGCGAUGUUCAUGCGAUUGUUUUUUUGGUCAAACAUUGUUUAAACAAGCAAAAAUGUCCGAGCUCAUAAAAACACGUCGGACCUUAGCAACUACCUCGUAUUGUCAAUAAAGACGAGGUUCCCAACUCCAGAUGACGCCAUACAUCCCCAGACCAUUACUGAACCGCCUCCGUGCUUAAUUGUUGAAUUAAUUUUUUUUUGUGCAUAUUCUUUUUUUUCGUUCGUUUUCUUGAACCAAAAAUCUCAAAUUUGCUCUUGUCACUAAAGAAAACAUUUCCCCAGAAUGAAGAACUUUCUUUUUGAUAUUUCUUGUUAUUUUUUUCUGAAAUGUAUGGCUUUUGCGAGGAUCUCUUCCAUGUAGCCCGCUACUAAGGAGGGUCCGUCGAAUAGUGCUUUUGAUUACGUUGACUCCAGAAGAUUGGGUAAUGCUUUCGGCAAUUUAAACUGCACUAGACGCGGGAUUUUUUCGCACCUCCCUGACAAUAACACGUUCAUCACUUACGGAUAGCCUUUUUGGCCGUCCGGAAUGGGGUCGAUCUUUUAUUUUGAAGUAAUUAAAAAAAAAAGAAUCUAAGCAACAAGCUACUUUGGAUGGAAAUGCACUCAAUAACACUUUUGAUCAAUUAGUUAUGAGCUGUUAAGAAAACAAUAUAGAUUUAACGGUUGUUUUCCUGAUAAACGAAAAAUUUUACAGUAUGAGUGGCAAGUUGUACACUUUUUUGACGCUUUAAAACUGAUUGCAACUUUAUUAUUUUCUAUUAAGUUUUAUAUGGCAAUUCAUUUAAAAUAAACUACUUUCAAAAAUAACAUAAAUAUUUUUCUAAAAGAUCGAAUCCCCUUGAUGUUGUAAAAAUGCAGUCCAAUGCUGUACACUUUCCUUUGACGCUCACAGUUUGUUUAUGUUUUUUGAAUUAUGUUUUUAAAUCAUAAUUCAAAAUUUAAUACCUAAGCCUAGUACGCAGCUGAAGUGAAACGAAUUUUAUCUGCGGUCUCCAAGUGCAGAGCAAAAUGAAAACGAAAACCACAGCGGAAAAAUACAUAUUUGUGGAUAGUUCUGUCAGCUGUCAUAAACAAUUAAAUUCCCAGCCUAUCACCUGGGAUUCUUCCUGUAAUGUCUCACCUUAAUCUGAAACGCCAAGAUCGGCCUCACUACCCGACUUUCUCUUGUUCCUGUCUGUGACCGUGGUAGCGCAUGCUAUCACGUAAGGAACGCCACAUUGCCCGCAAUCUUCAACUGGAAUACAAAAAAAAGCUCACAUACGGAAUUCUAUUUAUUAACAUUUUAUUGAGCAGUUAGUACCUGGUUUUUUCAUUUCUGCAGUUAUUUUACUCCAGAGGCUCGCAACGGCUGAAUUGUUUUUGUGAAGUCUAUGCUCCAGCUUCCGAAUAGCUUCACUGGAUUCGACCAACGAGGACAGUUUAUUUUUUUCCUCCGAAGAGAAAUCAAUUUUUGUUUCUUCGGCUUAUUUUUUGGAAGUUGAAGUUCACUGCUUCUCUUCAUCACUUCUUGCACAUCACCAAUAACAUCCUGAGUUUCCAAUUCAGAAAUGUAAUGUUGAAAAAAUCCAUAAUCCAUUAAAAUGACACAUAACGUCGAAAAGCACAGUGAAAUUUUUCGUUUAUAAUUUCGUCAUGUCAUUUUUGUAAGGGAAAUUUCAUUCCGCAUCAGCAGCGUACGAGGCUUUAACAUAAAAAUUCUUAGUAGUUUCUUCAUUUUUAUAGUUAUCCGUUUUAAUGGGUCAGAAAAUCCUUUCUCAAUUGAUAUCACAUCUUGAAAGUGUAACUUCUACACUAUAAGCAGUUUCAUCAUUUCACCAGUUAACCAAUUGUGAUUUGUGCUCUAUUGCCCACCUGUUGGAGCUUUUUGUUCUUGAUAACCAUUUGCACAAUUGGCUAGUUUAAGAAUAGAGUAAUUAAAAGUUUCAAAAAGUCAUUAAAACUUUCAUAAAGUAUUUUUUUCUAUUUAAAUAAAUUAAAUUCCUCUUAAAAUUUGAAAAGUAAAAUUUUGGCAGUGUUAGCUAUGCGAAACACAUAAUCUAAUAAUAAUAAUCUCAGAAUUUGAUAACACAUCCACGAAUCAAUCAGAUGGCAGAAAAGGGUUUUUUGAGAAAUUCUGCUCAUUAAGUUUUUUUCUUCAUAACUUUUGGUCAAUGAGAGUGUUGAACUCUAAAAAUAGCAACCAUGAAAACCAUACAUAACCUGGGCAUACUUUUGUUGGCCCAUUUUAUUGUGAUGGUUUUUGCUAGGAAUGUGCCUUGAAGUUGGUUUCAUUUUUCAUUUUCAAUUGUUUUAUGCAAAUUCUUUCUGUAUUAUAAAAUAUUCAUCCAAUUCACAAUCUAAAAAGAACGCUUUUCUCCUCGAUAAUACAAAAUUGUAUGAAACUUUUGAAUAGAUAACUAUAAAGAAUUCGUUCGUAACUUACAGCCCUAUUCUGCUAUUCACGUGGAUCGCAUAUUCGAUUCACCCGUUCGAUUCCCUUUCACACUGCCUUUGCAUUCUGUUAUCCAUCGGGUGAACUACAUUAUCUCAAACCGAUUUGACAUUCAAAUAAACAAAUGUUCAUGUAAAAAUCUUGGGAAUGUUGGAUAAAUUGUAUUGAUUCAUACAAAAAUUACGUUUAAUCAAUCCACCUAAACAGAAUAAUUUGUGUUAAUUUAAAUAUGAACAGUAUUGGACUUUUUAUUCCAAUUGUAAGCUGAGGAAAAAGAGAAUCCUCAAACUGAGAGCUUCGGAGAAAUGUUGAAAAGUGUCUUCCUUCUUCUAAAAAUGUUAAUAUUCUUUUAUUUAUAAAAGAAAUAUUCUAAAUUUAGCAACAAAUUAGUUUUCACUACAUUUUGCUUACAAAAAUUAACAAACUAUACAUUAAAUGAAAAAUCCACUGUAUUUUAUCUGAAUCUGAAUUGCAUAGAAUGAAUGCUUUCACGUGAAUAAAAGAAUACCGCGCAGUAUUACCGACGUUACCGACAUACACAGAUUCACUUCGAGUGAAUAGCAGAAUAAUGUUCGCAUUCACAAAGCUAGUGGCUAUGUAGUCAAGGUAUUCUGAUUGGCUAAAUCCAACUACUAAAGUAAUUGCAAUUUCUCCUCCGACGUGGUGUAAAAAAUUCGGCUACAAAGUUAGUGGAAAAUGAUUUUGACGUUUCACAAUCAUCUGCUCGGUAAACUACAUGAAUUCAAAAUGAAAUAAAUCGUUCAGUAUUUAAAUAAAAUUGGGUCUUAAAUUUGAUUUUAUUGAAUUUAAAAACACAAAAGAUAAGUUUAAAGUUAUCAAAUUAAAAAUGUUUCUUAUUUUACAUAUAUGUACAUAUUUGCCAAUAAUAUGACAGUUUCAGAUUGACUAGCUUUCUAGUGUAGUUUUGCAUUCACAAAGCUAGUUCAAUUUUGACACGUAGGCACUAGCUUUGUGAACUGAACAGCAGAUUAGGCCUGUUAAUAAAAAAAAGAAAAAUUAAGAUGAAGACUAAUCGCCACUGUUUUCUAUAAGCCCAACAUUUUUGACUGAUUUCAUCAGUGGACUUCAUUGUCAAUUUGAUUCAUUAUUUUUGCAUUGUUAUUAUUUUAAUUUGUUGAUAGUCAAAAUCGGAUUUAUGAUACGAAUUUCAUUUAUUUUAAAAUUAAAAAAAUCAUUGAUCAAACCAAAAUAUUAUCAGAAUUAAUGAAUAAUUCUCAUUUUUGUUAAUACUCCACAACAUCUAUGUUGGUUUUAUAAGAUAUAAUUUAAAAUCUCUAUUAUACUCAGCUUGAAAUUAUUAUUGAAGCAUAAAUAGUUAUACACACAUUUAAACUAAGAAUACAAUAAAGUUCAAAUUUAAUAGUUGCCUUAUUAUAUUUUAUUUUUGUUGCUUAAGCUUUUGUCAAUUUAAAUAAAAUUAAUAUUUGCUAAAUAGUUAAUCAUUUCAAGAUUAUUUAAUAUAAAUAUAAGCUUUUAUAAUUAUUGUUUUAUUCUAGAGUAGCUAUAUAUAAUAUUAUAUAUAUAUUUUAAAUUUGUUUAUUAGCUACAUAUGUAUACAUAACUGUUUAUCUUUUAAAUUUGUUUGUUUCUUAGACUGAUUAGCUCCCCAAAGUAUGCAUACAUAAAUACAAUCUCUUCCAACUUAUUCAUAUUCACAUCACAGAUAAAUGUAACAUUUUAAAAUUAACAAUAAAGUAUUAAUAAAUCCAAUUGGUUUUAUAUUAUUUAUGUUUUGCUUUAAUUUAAUUUAUCGGAAAUCAGCUUUAAAACUAAUGGCAGUCGCAAAGGGAUCACAUUAAAUCUCAUUUUGUGUAAAACUGUGGGAAUUUUUCUAGUACGGGAUUUAGUUCAGAUGAAUCUUAUUACGGAAACAGUCUGUUUCAAAAUAGGAUCUUCGAAAUGUUUUCAUCUAUGAGAAUAAGGUGUGCAAGGUUUUGAAGUAGCUACUUUUAACUAUUUGGAUAGAAUAACUAUUCGUCUUUAAACAAAAAUAAUAAACGCUUAUUACUUAUUUUAACUUCCGCUUUCAUACACAAUCUAAGUCUAAUCUUUUUCAAAACAAAAGCACCCACCUAUUUUAAAGUAAACUGUUCUGAGCUACAUAUUGAAAAUCUUGCACUCGUGGCAAAUUUUGUAAAGCCAUCAAAAUAUAGAUCACAGAAUUCUUUUUGUUUUUAAUUUUGUAAGUAAAAAACUAGACUGAUCGGAAGAUGAAGUCGUUUUCAGCUUCUCUACUUUCGCGCAAUAAAAUUAUUUCAUUUUUCAGUAAUUCACUUUCAUAAAUCUUCCAUUUGCUAUGAUUUAAAAACAUGCUGUUGUUUUUCUGUUUAACAUCUAAAGAAAUGAUUAUUGUUUUAAGUAUUUAAUUUGUUUGCAUUGAUAAGCUUUUGCGUAUUUAAGUUUUUGGUUGGCUUUUUAUUUAUUAUAGCCCUCAUUGUAUUUGAGCGCUCCGUAUUGUUUUAGUUUCUCGGUUGUAACAUUAUAAAUGAGCAGUAGUAUUAUGUAAAAGAAAUGUUUUAAGUUUUUCUUUUUGUUUAAUGUAUAAAGAGCAACAAGUGAAGAAAAAAAAUCAAGUACUUGUAAACCUAUAUAUUAUAUACAUCAUUAUGUUUAAUUAUUAUUAUAGAUGAUAUUAUUAUAGACAAUUCACAAGAACAAAAUAACAAAAAUUGAAAUACAAAAAUCAUGAAACUGAAAAUGUUUGUCUUUGCAUAAAAUAGCAAUAACAACACUUACAAUAAAAUAACAGCAACAAAUAAAAGAUUAACAUGUAAUUCCUACUUUACAAUACGAUUAUUAUAAUAUAACAAUGUAAAUUAUAUAUAUAUAUAUAUUAUAUAGCAACAAAAAUGAAUAAACGCAAAAUAAACAAGUGUCAAAAAAAAUUAUAAAAUAUAUUUAUUCAUGUCAAUAGAAAUAAUAAAUCAAUAAAUCAAGUGGUGUUUUUAUGA